AAUUGAUAUAUAUAUUUUUUUAUAUAUGUAUUCAAAAUAUUAAUACAAAUGGUUAUGGUUGGAUUAAUGGUACAAAUAUGGUUUGGGUAACAAGUUCUUACAGCUGAUAGUAGGUCACAAAACUAGGAAUAGAAGAUUAUGGUAUAUGGUUUAUAGUUUAUGAAUUCAGGGUAUACUAGGAAUGGGACCUUAUACGAGACAUGGCUGCUAACGACAUUAAUAUACUGAUAACAUAUACAUGAUAGAGUCUCCUUCAUUAACUUUGUCAGCAUUUCAUCAUCGAAUGCGCAUUGAAUUUCGUAUUUGCUCGGAUCUCUUCUAGGUUCGAUCAAAAAAAAAGCUAGGAGAGCUGCUAAGCUCAAUGCUAACAGAGAUGUUAUCGAUUUAAUAUCAACUUUAUAGUACUCUGGUAAGCCUUUUGGCCUGGGGAAGUACUCAAAAUUUAUGUUUUUAGUGCUGUGAAAAAAUUAAAUUAAAAUCGCUUUUAGAUGUGUUAACCAAAUUUUUAGACAUGAAAUACUUGGCAGGAAUAUUAAUGCUAUUGUUUGCUGUGAUGGGCGUUCAGACCGAUUGCCAAAUAAGCAAAGAAAUGGUGGAGAAUACGAAUCGCAUAUUCACUUAUCGUGAUGACAGAGGAGCCCUCCAGCUGUUGCGCGCAGAGCCGGUGCCCAGUGGACUGAAGCUUUAUAUGGUGUGCAAUGAGAAGGAUGUGCUGGAGACCGAAUGCCAGGAUAAUGGCCACUUUACGGUGGCCUUGCCCAUGAGCUGCAGCUCGCCCAUGAAGACGAGCGUAAUGCGAGAAGGACGCAACUCUGACUGCCCUCAAACAUUGUACAUAGUGGGCUAUAUGUUGGAAGGACAUCAACUGGAGCUCUAUCGCGCCUGCUACGAUGGGCAGAAUGGACGUGCUCUGUACUCCCAGAGCGAUGUCUACUUUAAGAGCUACUUUGCCAAACGACCCUGGGUGGACUUCGAUACGGAUCAGAUAGUGAAGCCCCUUGAGGCAGCUGCCUAUAUGAAGCAUCGGAUGUACGACGAAUUUCAACUUGUGUUUGGCAAGAAUCAACGGUAUUUGCCCAGCGCCAGAGAUUUGGUCAUCAAUCGCGGCCAUUUGGUGCCCUCGGCCGAUUUUCUCUUUUGUGAUCAGAUGGCCAGCACCUUUCGCUACAUCAAUGUGGUGCCGCAGUUCAAGAGCAUCAACGAUGGCAAUUGGGAAAAAAUUGAGCGUUGGCUACGCGGUCAGGUGACCGCCCAGCAGCCAUUUCGUAUUCGGACUGGCGGCAUCGAUAUCCUCAGGCUGCAGGAUGAAAAUGGCAACGAGCGCAGCGCCUGCUUGGCCGACUCCAAGCUGCCAGUGCCCAAGUGGAUCUAUAAGGUGGUGCGAGAUAUUCAGGGCAAUGGACUCUAUGCCUUUCUCUCCUAUAACAACAUAUUCGAGCGACAGCGUCCAUUACUUCUAUCCACCUGUCAAUCUGUCGCAUGUCCUUUCAGUCUGCCUGACGAUCCAAAUGCUGGUUUCAUCUAUUGCUGCAAUCCAACGAAUUUCCCCUACUGAGACUCACGGCUAGGCCUUAAACUUCAUUUAAAAUUUGCGAUUCAAAUCGUUUAAGCCUUAUUAGAGUCCAUUGGAAAUGCGUUUGUAAAUUAUUUAGUAUAUUUACUUAACGGUCCUGAGCUUAUUAGACAACAGUAAACGAUUAGCGAGCAAGCACUGCUCAAAAAAGUAGACUUGAAAAUGGCCUACAAAUAAAUACAAUAUAUAUUAUAAGUUUAAAAAUAAUAUUAUUAAGAAAUGAAACGCAAGGACAAUAAAAAAGCU